UAAUUCUCUUUUCCUGCCAAUCUGCCAUUAGUCGUCGUCAUUUUCUUCCAGUCCGUAAUUUUGAUCAUGCAAUAAUUCAAGGUCAUAUAUCUCCUGCACAAAGCAGAGAGAAAUCAAGUAGGAGACCAUUGUUUCUUACAAUUAAGCAUAGCCACUCCAAAACCAGGAGGACCAUGAAAACCAUCUCCUGAGUCCUCUCUCAUUUUUUUUUGUUCAUUUUUAAUUUUUCUUGGCCUUUUCUUUCCAAAAUGUGAUCUUGGGUUCAAUCUGGAUUUUUCUGUUGGAUCCUUUUGAACUCUUAACAAAUCUGUUUUCUUUUACCACGUGCACCUGAUGUUCUUCUCUAGGUAAUCUUAAUGGUAUGCAAGCAAUCGUCCCCAUUUUCUCGGACUUGAAUUACCAAAAUGGGAGAGUCGCCGGAGAAGAAAUCAGGUUGCGGCAUUUUGAAUGCUGUGUUUGGACGGAGCAGUUUUUGGCCAAGAAGAACAACUUCCACGGGCUCCCUUCCCGUCAGUGGCAAUCAGUUUGUGAAAACACCAAGUGGUAACUCUAGAAGGCGGCGUGGUGGCUCCGAUGAGGCAUCAUUUCUUGACAUAUCAUCGGCUAAUGGAUCAGAAUCUUCAUCAAAACCCGUCACAAAACCAUCUCAAUAUAGUAACAGAGCGCCCCCUAUACAGCCACAUCAAAAUCAGGGUAGAAGUACUAAGCCACCUCAGGAAGCUGGAGCCAUGGUUUCACGUCCGGGCCAAGGCCAACAAGGAGCAAUGAGAAUGGCUCCGAGUCAAGGUUAUGUUAAUCAAGGCAAAAGGGUUCCCAAGGAAGCAGUUGGGUUGUCUGGUGAGCUUGAUAGCAUGAUUUCUGAUCACCAGAAAUCAAAAGGGAGUAGCACAUUCGUUAGAGCUUCAUCCGGCAAUGUGAUGCUUUUUGGUAACCUGGGUAACUUGAGAACAGGAGGUGGUGGAGGCGGUGGUGGAAAUGCGAACUCAAAUAAUGUGCUGGAUUACCUUCCAAAGACAGCAAGAGAAGAAACCCCGAUGAUGAUUAAUGGAAAUGUAGGGAAGAGUAGUGCUCCUAAAGAAGAGAAAAAACCAAGUUCGCAAAAUCAGCCUACUUCAUUUUGUCGCGCAUUAUCAACAAGGAUGGACCCCGAGACACUGAAGAUUAUGGGCAAUGAGGAUUACAAGAAUGGAAGAUUUGAAGAGGCUUUGUCUUUGUAUGACGCUGCAAUUUCUAUUGACCCCGAUAAGGCUUCAUAUAGGAGCAACAAGAGUGCUGCAUUAACUGCUCUUGGUCAAAUUCUUGAGGCAAUUUUUGAGUGCAGAGAAGCCAUUCGGAUUGAACCUCAUUAUCAUAGGGCUCAUCAUCGUCUUGCAACCUUAUACAUUAGAUUAGGGGAAGCUGAAAAAGCUACAUAUCACUAUAAACAUUCUGGACCAGAGGCUGAUCAAGAGGACUUGGCUAAAGUGAGAUCUCUUCAGGCUCUUCUGAACAAGUGCACAGAGGCUCGUAGGUUAAGAGAUUGGAACACCUUGAUCAAGGAAACACGAAACGUUAUAGCAGCUGGUGCAGAUUCAGCACCACAGAUAUUUUCUUUGCAAGCCGAGGCCUUGCUGAAGGUCCAUAGGCACCAAGAAGCAGAUGAGGCUUUAUCCAGGGGUCCAAACUUUGGGGUGGAUGCUUGCACUAAAUACUUCGGUCCUAUUAGUAACGCGAGUAUGUUAGUAACAAGGGCUCAGGUUGACAUGUGUGCUGGAAGAAUCGACGAUGCAUUGGAGGCAGCUCAACGAGCAUCCCGUCUUGACUCAAACAACAAGGAAGCAAACAUGGUCAUGAGGAAGGCUAGAGCUGUUGCAGGAGCGCGAUCAAAGGGUAAUGAGCUAUUCAAGACAUCAAGAUUCUCAGAGGCUUGUGUUGCAUAUGGGGAGGGACUUGAGCAGGACCCUUAUAACUCAGUGUUGUUAUGCAACCGCGCUGCUUGUCGGUCCAAACUUGGCCAGUUUGACCAAGCAAUUGAGGACUGUACAGCUGCACUUAAUGUGCGUCCUUCUUACAGCAAGGCCAGACUAAGAAGAGCAGAUUGCAAUGCCAAGUUGGGAAAAUGGGAUGCUUCAUUACAGGACUAUGAGAUUUUGAUCAAGCAAACACCAGAUGAUGAGGAGAUAAAACGUGCUUUGUCUGAGGUGCGGACACAGCUCAAGAAACAGCGAGGUGAGGCAUAGCAAGAGAGAUGCAGACGUAGAGGAUAGAAACAAGCUAAUGUGCACAACUAAGUUAGGAGGCAACAGUCAGGAAACAAAACUGCCCUUCCGCAAAUUGUACUGAUCUUGAGCUCGAGCGAAGAAGCACAGAAGUUCGAGGCGGAAAGGCGAAAAUGGAUGUUUUUUUCAGAGAGAGAAUUGAAUAGUGGCGGUUAACAUACCGUAACCCAAAUACGUUACCCAGUUUGUUUAUGUAUAAUUGUCAUUCUGCAAUUAUUUCUGGGAAAAUGUAUUUGAUACUGCUUAUAAACAAUGUGAAAAUAUACUUGAAAGAAAUCUUGAGUCGUUUGUCAUUCCAAGCA